AUGGCAAUUUUGACAAUGUUAUUGGACAUGUACAUGCGAGUCUUCGUAAUUUCAGCAAAAUCUGCCACUGUUCAGUUCAGCCCACUUGUGAAGGUCACCAUAAAUCCUUUGAGAAUAUCUGGCUGGAGGAAAUCUUUAUGCAAGAGGAAACUAAAGGAUUAUUCUAAUUGUACUAGGAUUAUAUUAUUUGGUGGCUGUCUUUACCGACUAUUCUGGACUGUUUCAGCAAGGUUUACUAGGCUUAUACUUUGGAUGCAAGGACGCCGAUCACAAGAAGGAGACGUGCUUCCAUUGAACGAUAACAUUGAAGGAGUUCUAAGGACUAGAAAUCAACCAAAGGUAGACGAGACUGACAUCAAAUCUGAGGAAGAGGAAACAAUUGAACCAAUGGAGGACAACAAUGAUACACGUUGUUUGGAGGAAUUCGCUCGGCCGACUAUUCCUACUUCACCAUCAUGCAUAUUACUUCCAACUGCAGCUAGAAAUUAUGAGUUGAAAUCUCUACAUUUUAAUAUGCUUCCAAGUUUCUAUGGUUUACCUAAUGAGAAUCCUUUGACUUUCAUGAAAGAAUUUUAUGCUACUGUUAGUACUUUUCCUUUGCAGGGUGUGACUGAGGAACAACUGAAGAUGAGAUGCUUUCCAUAUACCCUAAAGGAUCAAGCUAAGUUUUGGCUGAUGUCUCUAACACCUGGAUCAUUCACUUCAUGGGAUGCCAUAUACAACAAAUUUGUAGGGAAGUUUUACUCACAUCAGAAAACUGGUGCAUUCAGACGUCAAAUCUCCACAUUCACACAAGUUGAUGGUGAACCAUUCCAUGAGGCGUGGGAACGUUAUAAAUUGCUUUUACUUCAAUGCCCGCAUCAUGGUUAUACUUUGGAGUUACAAAUGCAAUUUUUUUAUGAUGGACUAACCCAAACAUGUCAAUCUAUUGCUGAUAAUGCUGCAGGUGGUGCAAUGUUCAAAAAGGCUCCUCAAGAAGCUUAUGACAUUUAUGAGAUGCUUGGAUCCAAUUCACAACAAAGAGAUGCUCGAAGCAAGAAAUCUGGUGUGUAUGAACUAAACCACAGUGAUAAUAUGGCAAGACAAAUUGGAGAACUAAAUAAGAAGAUCGAUGCCAUGUUAGGCACCCAUGCCAAUUCUAUGACUCAAGUCGAGGUAUGUGCUUUAUGCAAUAUUGUUGGUCAUUCUACUCAUGCAUGUUGGAAGAAUCACCCUAAUCUUUCUUGGAGUAAUACUCAGAAUCAACUUAACCCUUAUGUUCAACCAAAGACCUCUUCUUUGGAAGAAUCGAUUAAGUUGUUUGUGCAGGAAAGUAGGGCAAGGAUGGAUAGGCAUGAUGCAAUGAUUGCUACCCAAGAAACAAAGCUAAAUCAAACUUUGGCAUCCAUGGGAAAGCUUGAGGUCCAAGUUGGUCAACUUGUGGAUGUUAUUAAAAUCAAAGAGCCUGGAAAACUUCCAAGCCAACCGGAGCAAGCUAAAGCAAUCACAGUACUUCGAAGUGGUAAGGUCAUUGAUAACCAAAUUAAUUAUGAAGUUACUGAUAAUUCUACUUUGAAUGCAGAUCAAAGACGAGAGUCAGUCCAGCCUCAACAUAUCACAACCAGCAACCAUUCCGAAAAGAUUCAGAAGCCUGAAUCAAUUCAGUCCUCAGAAAAACAACCCAAUUCUGAGUCAUCUUCGCUUCAGAAAUCUCCAAAUCCUUACAUCCCUCCUAUUCCUUUUCCAGGCCGUUUAAAGCAAAGCAAAUUGGAUAAGUCUUUUUCUGAAAUUUAUGAUACAUUAUCUAAAGUCAAUAUUAACUUACCUUUGCUUGAUGUGAUCAGGAAUAUGCCGGCAUACGCAAAAUUCUUCAAGGAAUUGAACACGUACAAACGCAAGUAUGGGCCACAUGAAAAGGUAAUGGUCUCGGAGAAUGUGAGUGCUGUACUUCAAAGGAAGCUACCUCCCAAACUUAAGGAUCCUGGAAGUUUUUCUAUCAACAUAACAGUAGGAGACAAGAAGAUGGAAAAGGCAAUGCUAGAUUUGGGAGCGAGUAUAAAUUUGAUGCCAUACUCUGUAUAUCUUCAAUUAGGUUUGGGGGAGGUGAAGCCGACAACAAUGUCUCUACAACUGGCGGAUUGA